AUGGGGCUGCAGAUGCGCGUGCAGAGGGCAGCAGGGCGUACGGCGCGCGGGGCGCACAGGGCAGCGGGGCGCACAGGGCAGCAGGGCAGCAGGGCGCGUGGGGCGCAGCAGGGCUGCAGAGCGCGCGGGGCGUGCAGGGCACGCAGGGCAGCAGGACAGCAAGGCGCGCGGGGCGCGCAGGGCUGCAGGGCGCACGGGGCGCACAGGGCAGCAGGGCAGCAGGGCGCACAGGGCUGCAGGGCAGCAGGGCGCACAGGGCUGCAGGGCAGCAGGGCGCACGGGGCGCGCAGGGCUGCAGGGCGCGCGGGGCGCGCAGGGCAGCAGGACAGCAGGGCGCGCGGGUCGUGCAGGGCUGCAGGGCGCGCGGGGCGCACAGGGCAGCAGGGCAGCAGGGCGCACGGGGCCGCAGGGCAGCAGGGCGCACAGGGCUGCAGGGCAGCAGGGCGCGCGGGGCGCACAGGGCUGCAGGGCGCGCAGGGCAGCAGGACAGCAGGGCGCGCGGGGCGCGCAGGGCUACAGGGCGCGCGGGGCGCACAGGGCAGCAGGGCAGUAGGGCACGCGGGGCGCAGCAGGGCUGCAGAGCGCGCGGGGCGCACAGGGCAGCAGGGCGCACAGGGCUGCAGGGCAGCAGGGCGCGCAGGGCAGCAGGGCACGCGGGGUGCACAGGGCAGCAGGGCGCACAGGGCUGCAGGGCAGCAGGGCGCGCAGGGCGAACAGGGCAGCAGGGCGCACAGGGCUGCAGAUCCCCUCCCCCCCACCGCUGCACCCGCAGCAGGGGGAUGGAGGAGAAGGAUGAAGGAGAAGGGGGGGACGGGGGGGGUUGGUGCUGCAGAUCCCCUCCCCCCCACUGCUGCACCCGCAGCAGGGGGAGGGAUGGAGGAGAAAGGGGGGGCGGGGGGGGGCUGGAGAAAGGGGGGGACGGGGGGGGUUGGUGCUGCAGAUCCCCUCCCCCCCACUGCUGCACCCGCAGCAGGGGGAGGUAGGAGAAGGGGGGGGCGGGGGGGGCUGGUGCUGCAGAUCCCCUCCCCCCCACUGCUGCUCAACAAUCCUUCACCCCCCAAAAAUGGAGGAGAAAGGGGGGGCGGGGGGGGCUGCUGCUGCAGAUCCCCUCCUGCCUCCCCCUGA